ACACAUACUAAAACAAUGGAUCGCAUACAGUAGGGGGUGCAUUAAACAGUCUAGAAAUAAAUUAGAAUGGCAUAGAUACGAGGUGAAUAAUGUCAUUGAUAAACCACUGGCUUUGCAGAGCUCUCUGCUGCAAUACUGGUAACCAAAAUCUGCUAUGCUAUCGUUUUAUUAUUUACAUUGAGAAUGAUCUGCAUUAAAGCUGUACGGAUGAUGUGCCGGUUAUUAAGCAGUUAUUUACACAUAUAAUGCUCCGUGCACAGGCAAGAAGAUGGAUAAUUGCAAGGGUUUGUAGUGAUAAUGGUGCGAUUUAGGGACUCUGCGAACAGCAGUUUCCAAUGCAUGUUCUAAUAGAAAUAUUUUAAUAUCAGACCCUGAAAAUGUUACCUUUUUUUUGUAAUAGAGAGUGUGGGCUGUGGCCUUGAGUUUGGAGACUCGUUUGGUUCUAACAUUUGACCUGUUGUUUUGCCCUCUCCAUUUUAGGUGUAGUGCCCCGCGGUUAAAAAUAGUUUUAUCUUGUAAGUCAGUGUUGAAGAUACCCUUUCUUUAGCGAUGUCGUUAUCCGUAAAUCACAAAUACACAUUGGAGCUGAAAUUCGUUUAGUAGGCGCUAUUAUUAAAGCUCAUAAUCGAGAAGUAAAAGGUAAUGUAUGUUGACAAAAAUAUAUAUAUUUGAAGGAGGAAGGGCAAGUGUCCCUAACUCCCAAAAUAACUGUCGGGGAUGUAAACACUGCCAACAUGAUGAAGAGUGGACAAAAGAAAACUUUGGAAGAAUUACUGAAGUGUAAAAGUGAUCAUGCAUAUUUACAGCGUAGCACAACACAUCAAUACAGUUUCAGAACUCGUUAACUAUGCUAAUUUACCGAUCCGUCUGAUAAAAGUCACCUUCACCUGUGCGCUACGAUAUACGCGGCUCUGCAUCUGCAGGCUUUGGAGUGAAGGCAGUGCUUAAGACAGCCCAGGGAUGUGGGUCCUGAAAGUGCCGGUGCAGAUUGCUCGACUGUGAUUGGCUGUUCAGUGCAAUCGCUUGACAACCAAAGAGUCAACCAGCGAAGAUACUGUAGGAGGAGACGACAACAAGAGAAAGGGAGCAGCAACGGAGAUUGUAAAAACAAUAAAUAAAUCACAAAUAAAAACAGCAGUCAUUCUGUUAAAACAGACCUGGAAAUUAAAACAACAAUACAUGUAUUUAUAGCGCUGAGGAGUUCAUUUCAAAGCUGACAUAAUGACAGCAGAGGAGACAAUAAACAUUAAGGAGGUGGAGAUCAUCAAGCUGAUCUUGGAUUUUCUGAACUCACGGAAGCUUCAUAUCAGCAUGUUGUCUCUUGAGAAGGAGAGUGGGGUCAUCAAUGGCCUAUACUCUGACGACAUGCUUUUUCUCAGACAGCUGGUACUCGAUGGACAAUGGGAUGAGGUUCUUCAGUUCAUCCAACCCUUGGAAUGCAUGGAGAAGUUUGAUAGAAAACGAUUCCGGUAUAUAAUAUUGAAGCAGAAAUUCCUUGAAGCCUUGUGUGUGAACAACGCAAUGUCAGCAGAGGAUGAGCCCCUGCAUCUGGAAUUUACAAUGCAGGAGGCUGUCAAGUGCCUCCAUGGCUUGGAGGAGUACUGCCCCUCCAAGGACGACUACAGUAAACUCUGUCUGCUGCUCACCCUGCCUCGCCUGACCAACCACGCAGAGUUCAAGGACUGGAACCCUAGCACGGCACGAGUGCAGUGCUUCGAGGAGGCUUGCAUCAUGGUUGCAGAGUUCAUCCCCGCCGACAGAAAGCUAAGUGAGGCCGGCUUCAAAGCCAGCAACAACCGUCUCUUCCAGCUGAUCAUUAAAGGGAUGCUUUACGAGUGCUGUGUGGAGUUCUGCCAGAGCAAGGCCACUGGAGAGGAGAUCACCGAGAGCGAAGUGCUGCUGGGUAUCGACAUGCUUUGUGGCAACGGCUGCGAUGACUUGGAUUUAAGCUUGCUCUCAUGGCUUCAGAACCUGUCCCCCAGCGUUUUCUCUUGUGCAUUCGAGCAGAAAAUGCUCAACAUUCACGUGGACAAGCUAGUGAAACCCGCAAAAGCUGCACACACGGACCUACUGACUCCUCUGAUUAAUAAGCUUUCUCCGUACCCAUCAUCUCCAAUGAGGCGGCCCCAAUCGGCCGAUGCCUACAUGUCUCGCUCCUUGAACCCUGUGCUGGAUGGGCUCUCCUACGGACUGACCAAUCCUGAUAAGAGAGUCACAGACCUGGGCAAUAAGACCUCUGCAAUGUCUCACUCCUUUGCUAACUUCCAUUGUCCUGCAGGUCAAAACCUGAGCAGAAGCCUAAUGCUAGAGAACACAGAUUGUCACAGUAUUUAUGAAGAGUCCCCAGAGAGGACCGAGACGCCUGUUGAUGGACUUAUGAAUUCCAGUGGCCAUCGGACUUUGUGUGAGAGUCCAAUUCCAACCCCAGCCGCAGUGAGUGAGCCUGUCCCACCUGACUCAAGCCAAGGACCAGGAAAACCAGAGAAGAGUGAGCUGCGCGAGUCCACAGAACAGUUCCAGGAGUAUUACCGCCAGCGCAUGCGUUACCAGCAACACCUGGAGCAGAAGGAGCAGCAGAGGCAGCUGUACCAGCAGAUGUUACAGGAGGGGGGAGUGAACCAGGAGGACGGGCUUGAUCAACAGCAGAACCUUACUGAGAAGUUUCUCAACAGGUCUAUUCAGAAGCUGGAGGAGCUGAAUGUUGGAAUAGAUGAUCUGGGGGGUGAGGUGCAGUCUCUCAAUCCGCAGUGCAAUGGAAACAAUAUAAACUGCAGCCCUGCUGAUGGUAGCGUAACUCCUGAAAAUGGCCAUCAGAAGGAAGGCCAAAAAGUGGCCACCAGCACUCCCCAGAAAGUUGGAGCUAGGGGGAUACCUUCCUUAGAUGAGUCCCCAGUAUUUUUGUGUCAAGGUGCAAACUCUGUAGGUGAGCUUCGAGACCGUGCUGCACAGCCGCUGCAUUCGGAGGAUCCUGCAUUCUCCCCGACACGUUCAAGGGGAGAAGAGGGUGAAAAAGCUAAAAGCCAGUUUGUCGCCAUCAACACAAUGGAAGACACACAGGCCGUCCGGGCUGUUGCCUUCCAUCCCAGCGGAGCGUUGUAUGCUGUGGGCUCCAACUCCAAAACACUGCGUGUCUGUGCCUACCCAGAGGUACUAGAUCCAAGUGCUUAUAGCACCCCUAAGCAACCUGCAGUGCGCUUUAAAAGGAACAAACACCACAAGGGGUCCAUAUACUGCGUGGCCUGGAGUCACUGCGGACAGCUGCUGGCAACGGGUUCCAAUGACAAAUACGUAAAAGUAUUACCAUUCAGUGCUGAAACUUGCAAUGCUACAGGCCCAGAUCUGGAGUUCAGUAUGCAUGAUGGCACAAUUCGGGACCUGGCUUUCAUGGAGGGUCCAGAAAGUGGGGGAGCUAUUUUAAUAAGCGCAGGCGCAGGAGACUGCAAUAUUUACACCACAGACUGUCAGAGAGGGCAGGGCUUACACGCUCUGAGUGGUCACACAGGUCACAUUUUAUCGCUCUACACCUGGGGAGGGUGGAUGAUUGCAUCUGGCUCACAAGACAAGACGGUGAGGUUCUGGGACCUGAGAGUGCCCAGCUGUGUCCGAGUCGUGGGCACUGCUUUGCACGGAUCAGGCAGUGCUGUGGCAUCUGUGGCUGUCGACCCCAGUGGGCGUCUCCUGGCUACGGGUCAGGAGGACACUAGCUGUAUGCUGUAUGAUAUAAGAGGGGGGAGGAUGGUGCAGACCUAUCGCCCUCACAGCAGUGACGUCCGCUCCGUCCGCUUCUCUCCCGGGGCGCACUACCUGCUGACUGGCUCCUAUGACACUAAAGUCAUGAUCACAGAUUUGCAAGGAGACCUUACCAAACAGCUUCCGCUCACAGUUGUUGGGGAACAUGCAGACAAGGUGAUACAGUGCAGAUGGCACACACAGGAUCUGUCCUUCUUGUCUUCAUCUGCAGACAGAACUGUCACCCUGUGGACUUAUAAUGCAUAGGACUGCUUUCAGUAACACUUUUAUGCAGAUGAAGCACAGAAACUCUUUCCUGAAUGGACUGGAAAGGUUCAACGUUAAUACUGAAACUGACGAAACUCGUUCAGUGGACAAAUCCUGGGGUGGCACGUAUUAGUGUGUCUCUCUGUAUGCUUGUGCUGAUGAAAGUGUUUAAAUUAUUUUACUGUGCUUUCAGUCUUCCACGUGCAUCCAUGCUUCUGUGACUAAUUAACUUUUAUAUAAUGGCUGUUGUUUAUUAGUAAGUGUCCACAUGAAAAAAAGGCUAAAUUUAAUGUGUUGCAGUUUUGUUAAUGUAUUCCCUAAUAUUGUGCCUGCAACUGAUUAAUUAGGGCAACGAUGCACACAACUUUAACCGAUAUCUACACCCUAACCUGGGAUCAUUCUAAUGGUUUGUAUAAUGGGCGCUGCUCAAGUGGUAAAAAUCCACUUCUGCAAAAUAAGAUGCAAAACCUUAUCUAUCUCCAUGUUAAAACCAUGCUAUGUUAAUGAUAUGGUGCCUUGAUCAGUCAGUUUCCAUAAAUAGCUUUAUUUAUAUAGAUGGAUCUCUCUGUGUUUAACCAUUCCUCCUUGGAAACACAUUAGAAAUAGCAGAUCUGUCCAAAGCUGUUUCCACAGUUGUUUUUUAGGGUGGCAAAAUGUAAUCGGUAAGGUUAGUGGAGAAAGGGUUGAACUUUAUGCUGUAGAAUUAGGUCACCAAACUCCUUACACUUCCAUCCUUGUAAAUAUGGCAAAUGUGUAUGAAACAUUUUUAAAAGAACACAUUUUUCAAAAAAGAAAUUCUUAAUUAUCAAUGUGGUUGAUUUCAAAGUUGUAUUUAUUGCUGCAGUCCAAGUCGAUAAUACUUGUUAAAUAGCUUGUUAAAUGUCAAUAUUUAAUAUGGAAUAAAAUAUCCUAUUCUAUUUGUGUGUGUGUAUAGGAAGGCCAGUAACUUUAGAGCACAGAUUUGGUCAGUUUUUCAUCUUUCCCUAUUUGUAUAUCAUGCAUAUGUGUUUAGGGUACCAUAGAAGGUAUAAUUCGAUUGCAAGCAGCCCGAGGCAGUUUAUGUAAUUGCAGUUUCAAAUAGCAGCCUAUGCCUGUACGCAAAGGGUACUGUUGUAUAUAAAUAUUUCAGUUUAAAUAUGUGCACAAAAGCAUGGCAUACACAUAUGCAUGAUUGUGGAGCCAAUGUUUCCGAUUAUCUCCAUUUACACUCCACUUUUUGCUUUUCAUUGGCUAAUUCUGCACUUCCUUUAUAAAACACAACAAAAUUGCUAUUGCUUAAGAAAUGCAGAUUGUACUGUAUUCAUCCUUUUGAUUUCUCCUCUUAUUGUACAGGUGUUUUUGUUGUUUUGUUUUAAUAGCCGAAAUAAAAGGUAGAUUUAUUAUAUUUAAUUUAUUUAUAAUGUAGUUUGUUUCUGUUUAUAUUUACCAGAAGACUGUCUGUGCACUUACAAUAAGUAGCCUAUUUUUUUUUUUUAAAUUGGUAAAAAAAAGUGACAAAAGUGAUAGAAUUAUGAAAGUCUGACAGUGCUGUGUUCUCUCAAUAAAAGCCUUUGACACUUAA